UCAAUUCUGCAAGUGGUUCUAAUUUACUAUAACUGUUCUCUAGCUGGUCUAAAACCACUUUUGACCUAAAGGGACACUUUUUGGACUCCAUGGACUUUUCUCAGUUUCCAGGCAGAAAAAACGGUAAAAAUGCAGGCAGGGCACAGGACAAAGCACUAGGAACAAAAUGUAUGUGAAAUGCUUUGACACAGUAAUGUUUUACUAUGUAAUUUUUUUUAAUAUUUUUGAAUUUCCCGCCGGUUCCGUCCCCCGUACGUCCCGACGCUCACAGGGAACGGAACCCGGAAGAAGGAUGCCAGCAUCGGCCGGAGGACAUGGCUGGGGACGCUGCAGGGGGGAC